CGCGAGAGCUUGGGAACGCUUCCUCUUGGUUGGAUAGCGGCUUCCUGGCCGGACUUUUUUUUCUCUUCCCCUCCUCUUUUUUUUUGUCUUGGGGGAUAUUUCAACUUGUGUUUUUGCGGGUCCUCUGGGGCCAGACAAUUUUAGACAGCAUUUCGCGGUGGGUCCCGUGGCUGCGAACGACAGGCCUGACUUGUCUUUAGCCGCGCUCUCGAGUCAGAGGCCGCCUCGAAGAGACACUCCAGCAAUGAACGCACUGAAAUAAACCGCUUUUCUUUGCAAUUUUGCGCCUAUGGCACUCGCUCUUUCCACUUGACACCUAAAUAUUAUUCGGUACGGCUUCUAGAGACAUGAAAGGGUGUUGAAAUCAGUGUCUUACGAAUCGCAGAAACUUCUACAGACACGACUGAUAAGGGUUGGUGUAGCAAUUGUGAAGGAUUGAAUGUCAGCAGAGUCCACCUGCUUGAAAAUAUCUUUGAAAUAGAUAACGGGCAACUAUGGCACCAAAAAGAAGACCAGUCCCCUUGAUCAUAACCCCUACAGGAGAAGGGCAGUCAACCAACAUAGAUGCAGCGUCCGAGGCCAACCUGGAGGCCUUGCAGAGGAAGUUAGGGGAGCUGGACUUGGAUGAACAGCAGAGGAAGCGGCUUGAGGCUUUCCUCACCCAGAAAGCCAAAGUGGGCGAGCUCAAAGACGAAGAUUUUGACCCCAUAUGUGAACUUGGCGCAGGUAACGGUGGGGUGGUCCACAAAGUCCGUCACAGACCCUCAAGAUUUGUCAUGGCCAGGAAGCUUAUUCAUCUGGAAAUCAAACCGGCCAUCAGGAACCAGAUCAUACGAGAGCUGCAGGUCCUGCAUGAGUGUAAUUCGCCAUACAUUGUUGGGUUUUACGGUGCCUUUUACAGCGAUGGAGAAAUCAGCAUCUGUAUGGAGCACAUGGAUGGAGGGUCUUUGGAUCAAGUGCUGAAGGAAGCCAGGAGAAUCCCUGAAGAGAUUUUGGGCAAAGUUAGCAUAGCCGUACUGCGAGGUCUGGCAUAUCUUCGGGAGAAACACCAAAUAAUGCACCGAGACGUUAAGCCCUCCAACAUUCUGGUGAACUCGCGUGGCGAGAUCAAACUGUGCGACUUUGGCGUGAGUGGCCAGCUCAUCGACUCCAUGGCCAACUCCUUCGUUGGAACACGGUCGUACAUGUCGCCGGAGAGACUCCAGGGCACACACUAUUCAGUUCAGUCGGAUGUGUGGAGCAUGGGCCUAUCACUGGUUGAGCUGGCUAUUGGACGCUUCCCCAUCCCCCCUCCUGAUGCCAAGGAACUGGAGGCCAUAUUUGGCCGGCCAGUGUUGGACACAGGUGGGGCAGAAGGCCACAGCAUGUCCCCAAGACCAAGGCCUCCAGGACGACCGGGUAGCGGACACGGAAUGGACAGCAGGCCAGCCAUGGCUAUAUUUGAGCUACUGGACUACAUUGUCAAUGAGCCACCACCCAAGCUGCCCCAUGGCGUCUUCACCACUGACUUUGAGGAUUUUGUGAAGAAAUGCCUCAUGAAGAACCCUGCUGACAGAGCUGACCUGAAGAUGCUAAUGGGCCACACGUUCAUCAAGCGGGCCGAGGUUGAGGAGGUGGAUUUUGCUGGAUGGAUGUGUAAAAUCAUGGGCCUUCACCAGCCCAGCACACCCACUCAUAGUGCUGAAUGAACGCUGGCUCACAGCGUAGCCACCCAUGCCAUCCUCAUCCUCUGCUCUACUUCUCUCCUUUUUGCUCUCACAGGCCUGUGUGCUUGUAAGCCUCCGACACACCGCUGUGCGCUCUUUUGCCGUUUUCUGCUUGCUCUUCUCUUCCACCGCGGUGCGUUCUGGGGCAUUGUUUUAUAAGAGCUUCUGGUGUUGGAACACAGUCAUUUGAAUGAAUUUGGAGAUAAGAGUCACUUAAGUGGAGUGGCUGUAUUUUUAACAACCACAUUAUUCAAGAAUGUCAAAAUUGGUAAAGAUCAGCUAGGUUUUGUUUCUAUAACAGCUAUUUCAUUAGUCUCAUGAUGUUUUUGUUUACUUUUCAUGGUUGGUUUAUUAAUUCAUCAUUGUGUUUUUUUGUUUUUUAUUUGCUAAAGCGCUAUUCUUUGGCAGAUAGUGUUACACUGUGUUAAAAUUGAUAGCUUGGUUCAAAGGCAAACAUUUAAUUUAGAGUCAAUUGCCGUUUGCAUCAAAAAAAAAAAUGGUGGAAUGGUGUUCUUAAAUCUUGCUUAAUUUUUCAACUUGAAAUCAUCUUCAGAAGGGUAUAUUUGGGAAGGAUUAUUGUUUAGAACUUAUGCUUCAGUGUACUUUUAUUUUAAUUUUUCAAUGAAACCUAAAAUUUCUUGCUUUGGAUUUCAAGUUUGGAAUACAACCAGGGUUGCAUCUAUCUUUACAGUGCUUUUACAAUAGGCCCGAUGAAUUUAAACACAUCAAAGUUAUUUCAGCCAGGACCACAACAGGUACACUCAUAGUCUGGUCUUCAGUGGUAUAUAAGUGCAAAGUAACGUCUCAGGCCACCAUGUACAGUGCUAUGCAGAUCAUAUGAACCUCAGCAGAUAUUGCUGUAUUAGUAGGUCUUAUAAAUACACGGGUGUUACAGAUGGGCAUUGUGAAGUGUGGCUAAAGCCCACUUGUUCUAAAGAGCUUUUUUUUUUCUUUCUCUAGUCAUUUUCAGUAACAUUAAAACUGUAUUACACACUGGCAUUCAGCUCCGACCAAAUGAAUGCAUCGCCACACGUGUAGAAAAUAUAUGUACAGUACAAAUGGUACUGUUUUCAGUCUUAAAAUAGCAUUUUAUUUUAUUAUAAUUUUCUUUUGGGGGGGACUAGUUUAGUGAAGAGGAUAUAAGUCAUUUUAUUACCAUAUGGAAUGUGUUGAAUACAGUUCUAAUAUAAAAAUAAAACUUAUUUGUGAACGAUUA